AUGCAUCUCCCAAACAGAAGUAUCCAGAGUGUCAACAUAGUCUUCUCCUCUGGGGCCAUAGUCAUGUUGGUAGUAGGAUUAAUCAUGGAAAACUGGGUGGAACUAAUUCCCAAAAUAAGAAAGGAUAAGAUUACCCACAGUCCAUGGCUGGGUUGCUGUCCUGCUUUUUGGCCUGAAGAUAGCCUGGGGGCCAUCAGUAGCAUGAUGAGGAUGAGUCUCAACAUAUCCGUCUAUCUUAAUUUGCUCUUAGGUCUGCAAUUCACCUCUAUGAUUUCUCAAAAUAAGUGCUCGCACCUCUUAAUUGGUUUCCUGAGUUUCUUCACAGGUUGCCUUUUGUUCUAUGCAGUCACUGUGUAUCAUCACAAGCUAAAUAAAGGUCAACAAACAUACUUCAUUACUUACAAGGUCAAAUGGAUUGCUUUCACUGUCUACUUAGCCAUCGCACUCUUUCUUACCUGUGGUAUCUUCUGUUUCAUGCAGUGCACAAAUAAAUGUGCCUGCAUGAAAUUCUGUAUACCAUCCAGCGAAGUUAGUAGCAGAAGGCUGUCUGGGAGUUCAAUCCAAGUUAUUUCAAUUCCAGAGCGCACCACAAUGCCUCGGAGCAUUGUCCAUGUACACUCCAUGACCUCAAAGGAUGGUAACCUGCACAAACCACAUGUACAAUCACGUCGUGUAACCUGGGCUUUAUGA